GCUGCGUCGGGGCAGAGCGAGCACAGCACCGAGCCGCGGGAUUCCUCUCACCCGCGCGGAUCCGCUUCGGGAUUUUAGGGGAUGGAUUUACACAGCAGAUUUGGUUUAUCAUAUGCUGGAAAACUGCGUGUGUAUUCUUUGUUAUUCGCAUCCCCGUUGUAAAGGCAGAUGAACACACUGUCAGAAACCAAACACUACGCGUCCUAUUUUAUGACGGAUUUGCGCCCGUACUAGAACUAGAUUCCUUCAGUCCUGCCCCGUUAUUACACAGUUAGAGAGAUGCCUGUACUACAGCACCCAAACGCUACUGCUGGCGUUUUGCACACUGAUUAUGAAUGGAGAUACGAAUACUACGAUGAAGAGGAGCCGGUUUCCUUUGAGGGACUCAGGGCGCACAAAUAUUCCAUUGUAAUUGGCUUCUGGGUGGGUCUUGCAGUGUUUGUCAUUUUCAUGUUCUUCGUGCUUACUCUUCUAACCAAGACAGGAGCUCCGCAUCCAGAGAGUGCUGAACCUUGUGAAGAUUGCGUUCAUCUGACUAGCUGUGUUGAAGAACUAGGGCGUCCUAGGGAGUCAGAAAACACCAGAGCUGGUUUACCUCGACCCUUACUGGAGGAGUCUCGCUUUCUCUUUAACUGCUACAUUAAUGAAGAAGAGCAGGCAGGAGAACGGGCCUUCAGCCAAAGCCGCAGAGCUCAAACCCAACCAAACAGCGGUGAACUGAGUGGCCGGGUGAAAACUGGUGGCCCUGUUGGUCUGAAUGCACAGCUGGACAUGAUGGAAGAUAACGAAGAAGCUUUUCUUGCUCAUUUCAACAUCCCAAACUUUGUGAACUCUGAACUUAGCUCCACACUGGGUGAAGAUGAUUUACUGCUGAGUGAUCCACCUAUAAUAAUGGAAAGUGAAUCUCAUUGUCACAGUACCAGUCACAUUAGAGACUAAACACAAUAUAUUUGUCAUAUAAUUUAAUCUGGCAUUUGGACUGAAACAUGGCAAAGGAAUGAGU